AUGCAGCAGCAAGAGAAUUGGCAGCUGGACACGCACGAUGCUGUGCGUUAUCAUUGGCGGGUCUGGGAGCUGACCGGCCUGAUCCAGCCGGUGGGCAUGUCCCGGCCGUUGCAUCUGCUGCGCGCCAUUCUGAUCAAUGUGCUGGUCACGCUGCUGUUUCCGCUGACGCUGCUGGCGAAGCUGUUCUUUACGCACAGCCUGCAGGAGCUGUGCGAGAAUCUGACCAUUACCAUAACGGACAUUGCGGCCAAUUUCAAGUUCAUUAACGUGUUUCUGGUGCGCCGGCAGCUGGCCGAAAUCCGGCGGCUGCUGCACCAGCUGGACAGGCGGGCAAUUGGUGUACAGAAUCCCGAGGAGCUGCUGGCCCUUCGGCUGGCCGUCAAUAUGGCACGGAACAGCUUUCGCAUAUUCGCCGGCAUCUUUGUCUUUGGCACCGCGCUCAGCUGUCUCCGUGUGACAAUCAGCCGGGAACGGACUCUACUUUAUCCCGCCUGGUUCGGCAUCGAUUGGCAGCACUCGGAUGCGGCAUAUUUGUGCCUAUGCGGCUACCAGCUGUUCGGCUUGAUUGUCCAGGCAGUGCAGGACUGCGCCAAUGACUCCUAUCCGCCGGCCUAUCUGUGCAUACUCACCGGCCACAUGCGCGCCCUGGAGCUGCGCGUCCGCCGCAUCGGCUAUCCGGCAUGGAGUCCACGCUCGUCCUCCAAUCGCCAUCAGCGCUGGCGCCGUGCCGCCCAUGUGGAGCUGUGCAGCUGCAUCGAUGACUACAUCAACAUUAUCAAGCUGCACGCGAUCAUCCAGCAGAUCAUAUCGAUUGCCUGCCUGGCGCAGUUCCUCUGCUCCGCCGCCGUUCAGUGCACCGUCGGCAUGCAUUUCCUUUACGUGACGGACUCGAAUGAUCUGUCCGCCAUGCUGCUGUCCAUGGUGUUCUUCGUCGCCGUCACCCUGGAGGUGUUCAUCAUCUGCUAUUUUGGGGAUCGCAUGCGCGGGCAGAGCGAGAAGCUCUGCGAUGCCUUCUAUGCCUGCAACUGGGUGGAUCAGACGCCGCAGUUCAGACGCAACCUGAUCAUCACCCUGAUGAUCAGCCAGCAGACGUUCUGCAUCUUUGCCGGCGGCCACAUAGCCGUCACCCUCAAGACAUUCGUUCAGGUCGUUAGGUCCACCUGGUCCGUCUUCACACUGCUGCUGAAAGCCAAGUAA